UUUUCUUGAGCCGCAAAAAUAAGGAAAUACAGAAAAAUCUCUCUCCACAGUUUUAACGUUAUAUUUUAGUCAGCGUAUCUGUUUGGUAGUUGUUGCGAAAGCGUUAGCUAUUACGUUUGGUUAAGUGUUCGUGUUUGCUGAGGUGAAACUAACACUAUGUGACUAACUGUAGCUGAUAAGUUACUCGUUAGGCUAACUUGGUAACGUUAACGUUAUUGUAUCACAGCACUAACAACGUUAACGUUAGUUUACAUGAGUCAAAGUAAGCUAUGGAGAUCACUCCUAAAGCAAACAAAUUAAAAUCUGUGUAUUCUUCACCCUGUAAUUCAGUGGAGUCCAGCCCCUGUGAAUAUAGAGAGGAAAAGCAACUUCAGAAGCUGAGUUCCUCACUGAAGGAGAGGCUGAAGAGAUCAAGGCGCUCCUUCACCUCGCCCUUCUCUGUGGCCAAACGCCUUUGUGUUGAUGAGGAGGUGGAUGGCCGACAAGUUUCAGCAGAGUCCCGGGAGACCGUUAAUAACCCUCCACUGAUCGUGCCCGAGGUUGAUGUAAAAAGAAAUCAAGCGAGAUCAGGGAGUGAAAAGUUUUCUGGACCCGGUCCCGAUCCUCCUUCAACAGACUUUGCACAACGACGAGACCAACUGAGGAAGGAGGUGAAAGACAAGACAGAGAAGCUGCGCAGACUCAGGAUGGUUCAAAUGUACAGAAGCAAGAAUGAUUUAACACAGCUCCAAACCUUGAUUGACAAGUGGCGGAGUUGUGCUCAGGCUGCUCUGUAUGAGCUCCAAUCAGAUGUCCCCAUAGAGGGAGGAAAGGCCAGCCUGUCGGGGCUUAUUGACCUCUUUGGUCUGGAUGAUGGCAUUCUGCACUUUGACCGCACAGAGGAGGACUUCACUGCCUAAUGAAUAUGCUUUAAAACACACACAUUAUUUGUCUCACUAGCAGCCGAACAUACUCCAGAGGAACAAUUGCAUUUAAAUUGUUUUAUUUGUUGCUGCUAUACCAUUUUCAUUCACAGCUGAAGUUGUAUGUUUCAUGUUUACUUGCUAAGAGAAGUGUAAAUAAAAUGGUGUUAUCUGUUGAA